AUGUCUAUUUAUAAUGGAUUUUCUACAAGGAAAUAAGAAUAGGAUUACAAUAUUCUUUUAGAAUAAACAUUCUUUUUACUUCAAACAUACAUAGUAAAAGCUAUCAAAAAUGAAAGAAUUGAUGAAAAUAAAUUUACUUCAUAUUUUGAGAAGCUAUUUAAUACAAUGGAGUAAUUUGAAUCUCAUAAAUAUUUAGAUCCAAAAUAUUCUGUAAUAUUGAGACCUCUGGCUAAAACUUUGAACAUAAAGAGAUAUUAAUUCUUAGAUGGAGUUGAAUCUAAUUCAUCUAAUAUUGUUAAAAAGUAAAACUCUCCUACUCACACAAAUUUAAGAUCUUCAUCAAACAACUUCUCUUCUGCAAAAAAGAAUACUCAGAAUAAUUAAAAUUAAGAAAACAAAUAAAUGGAUAACACAUAAAGCAGGAAAUGGCUUUAUCAAACUAUUUCUGAAAUAGGAAACUAAAAAUCAUAAAUAAUGGCUUCAUCUUCUACAAAAGGCAAAGAAACAGAAGGAAAUUUUAAUUAAGAAAUAAGUCCAGAUACUUAAGGAAAUGGUAAAUAUUUUGUCUAACUGAAAACUAUUUCAAAUAGAGUUUAGGUAUAAACUCCUUCUAGCUAUAGAGCUUUUUGUCUAAUGACUUUGAGUCCAUCUCCUUCAAAUAAUUCAACAAUUUAAAUAAAUGAAAACAGUUCUAUUCAAUUAAAAGUGCCUAAAAAAAUUAAACAGCAAUCUUCAACUCUAACCGCUGAGAGGAAAUAAGAUGAACCAGAAAAAUCAAUUUCUUAAAUUACUCAGCCUUGCUCCCAGACUGAAGUAUUAAAUAACUAGCAAUAAAAUGAAAAUAAAAAUUAAAGUACAAUCAAUUUAACUGGAUAAAAUGAAGAAUAAAAUAUUAGGCUUGAUAAAGUUGUGCUGUAAAAAUUUAACAUAGAAAAUUAAGUUUAUGAUUAAGAGACAGAAUAAAUCAUACAAAGUAGUAGAAAUUAUAACAAGGUAUAUCAAGAAACAAGUAGUCUUUCUGUAGGAAGAAGAAAUAAUUUAGACCCAAUCAACAACUCUUUCUCUCUGAAUAAAUAGAAUUUAUUAGUCACUCGCAAUCAAAAGAAAAAUAAGCUGCAAUAAUAGAGAAAACUAUUGUAAGAAGAGGAACUAGAAAUUAGUAGGAAAGAAGAUAAACUAAUUUUACAAGAAAAUUAAUAUAGCACCACGAAAAAUGAUUCAUCUUUUUAUAGUUAAGCAAAUGGUAGACAUAGUGAUUUAAGUAACCAUUAUAGUAAUUUGUAAAAUAAUAUAGAGCAAGAUUAUGUAGUGAAUAAAAAUUCAAGAAAUCAUAGAGGAUUCCUUCUUCCCAAAGGAAGUUUAUUAAAUAGAAAUGCUUUUAGUAAAAAUGUAUCUCCUGUAAAUUUAAGCAACACUAUAAACUAUGACGACACGAAUUACUAUCCAAUCAAAAACUUCUAGAAAGCCAUUCCAAUUUUAAAACCACUUUAUCAUUCUGUUGAUACAGGGGAAAGAAUGAAACAAGAGAGUCUUUCUACUAGAGAGUGCAAGAAUAACUCAAAUAUAAGGAGAAACUCAUCAAUUUAAAUUUAAAUAAGCAACAAUCAUUUCAACAAAAGCUCCAACCACAAUCUCCUCAAUAGCUCUAAUAAUCUUACUUAGAGGGAUCACUUGUAAACAAAAGAUAAAAUUGAAGUUGCUGCUACAUAAAAAGCACUUCAAAAUAUACAUCAAAAUAAUAAUUUUAUAGGAUAGAGGGGAAAUUCAAAAAGUUUAGAGUCAACUUAAACAUUAUAAAUAGCUUAAUCUUAAUAAAAUAUAAGUUCUUAAGGGAGAUGCAAAAGUUUUAUUUAUUAUAAUAAUAAUUUGACUAUGAAUAGCAUUAAGCAGCUUUCAAAGCAUUUUAGUGAAGAAUUAAAGAUUUCUGAUAUAAACUUGACUGAAGAAUAAUUUGUAUUCUUUAAUUGUCACCUCAGAAAAUAACCAUUUAAUUGCUAGAGAAUAUACAUUAAAUUAUAGGAUAUGAUUUCAAAUACAUAAAAAGAGAAUGUUUUAGAAUCUUAAAAUUGUCAAUCAAAUAAAAAUAAAUACAAAACAAUAAAUAUUUAGCUAGCAAAGUUUAUUGGAAGCAGAAUUUAGAGAGUAGUAUUUACUUAUUCAUAAAUUAUAUAGGAUAUUAAAUCUAAGUAAAAGCCGUUUUCUUAUUUAUUGCUUAUUUAUUUAAGUGUUUUAUCUUCCUAUACAUUUCUCAUGAUUUCUCUUGUUUCAGGCAUUUCUAAAGUACUUAGAAUCAAAGAAAAUUAUAAUUGGUUCAAAACAAACUUUAAAAACUCGCAGUCAUUUAGGAUAAAAGCUGGCUUAGCACUCGCAGGAGCAGGAGGGUUUAGUUACUAUAUUCGUUAAAAGUAUUAUUUAAAAGUUAAGGGUAUUGAUAAACUUGAAAUUAUCUUAACUGAAGAUGAGUUUCAAAGAAGAGAUUAGGAUUCUUCAAGAUUUCAAAGAUAUAUUGAUAUUCAUAAUGACGACUAAACAAAGCCUUUAGCUAUUCUUUCUCCAAAGAGACCUGAGAGGGUAAAGCAAAUCCUGAAACAAAUAGCAAAAAGUAACUUAGGUAUUUUAUGCACAGAUAGUAUAAAUGAUUUUAAUACGCAGAUAGACCCAGAAAACGAUCUUAAAAUUAAAAACCAUUUCGUAGUGCUAAACCCAAAGAAUAUGAAACAAUUUAAGCUCUUAGAAGACCAAAAGAUAGCCCGUAUAGGUGUUGGUUGGCGCAUACAUGAAUUAAAUUCAGAAUUAAUGAAGAAAGGAUUUUACAUUCCUCUAGACCCAAAGCAUAAUAACUAAACUAUAUUCGAUUUAAUAAAUUAAGAUGAAGGAAAGCUUUUACAUCCAAUUCAUAAGUUUUUCAAGUAAAUAGUAGGAGAUAUGCUUGUAUUUUUACCUAAUGGUGAAGCCUAAAUAGGAACUCAUAAUGUAGGUCCUGGAAUUAACUUAAAGGAAUUAUUCUUUGGAUCAAAUGCAAAUAUAGGAAUCGCUACAGAAGUCGACGUGAGAGUAUUUAGGCUGCCUAAGAAUUUUCAUAAAUUGAUAAUACACUUAAAUCAAUAUACUUCUUGGACUCAAAUCAAUUAUCUAAUUAAAAAUCUUUAUGAUGCUAAAUAAAAUCGUUAUUUAUCUGAAUUAGAAGUAACUCCAUAAGAAAAACGCCUUGUAAUAUGCAUGGACAAAGCUUAUCCUACAGAGAAUGAAAAGUUAAUUAAUAAAUGGAAGGAGCAUCUCCUCAAGGGAAACUUCUUGGAUAAGUGGGUCAUAUCCGAUAUAGAAGUAUAAAAUGAAUUUCCAAAGGAGUUAUUUUCAUCCCUUCCUAAAAAAUCACCAUUUAAUAUUGAAUUGAGCUUUAAAGUUGCUAAUGAAAACUUUCCAAAAGAAAUGUCUAAAUUUCUUUCUUACUUAAAUGACAACUACAAUUAAUACUCCGACUUUUAUUUGAUUUUCGAUUUGAACAGUAAAAUGAUAAAUUUGAGUUUAAAUUAUAAUGAAAACUCUGAAGAUUUAUUACGUCACAAAGACUUUUUAAUGAAUUAAUCAUUACUCCCUGCAUAUAUACCAGACAAAGAUGAUCCUUUAAUUAGCCCAACAUUAUAAAAAUAUGGUCUCUUCAAAUACAUAUAAAACUACUGGAAUCCUUAAAAAUAAGAUUUUGGUUUGUAGAAACUAGUCAAGCAGCACCCAAUAUCUGCCUCACCCCUCAUUUAAGAAGAUCCUCGUAAAUCUUUUGCCAAAAAGCUUAUAAAUCAUGUAGUGAAUGAUUAUGGGUAGUUGAUAUAUUGCAGUAAUUUAGAAAUAAAAAACUUUUUCAAAAAGCAAGAUCUUUUCUUGAACUAUGGUCUCCAUGGGUCUCGUCUACAAUUAGAAUUAUAUAAAUUUUUUGAUAGAGCAAACAUUCUCUAUAACCCUAUAUUUUGUUAAAAAGAAAUAUUCCCUAAAAAAUACAUAACAUAUAAAUGA